GUCCCCCACACUGAGCAGCAGCUGCCCCGGGCCCUGCAGCUGAUCGACCUGGUGGGCACUGUGGAGGAGCUGGCGUACCGGGAUGGCCAGACCCACCGCGGGCACGCCCUGGGUCCAGUGCGCCUCCUGGUGCCUGGCGCGCCCCCCCAGACCCGAGGCAAGCUCCCGCCGAAGCCCGGCAAGGGGCGGAAGAUCUUCGGCUGGGGCGACUUCUACAUGAAUGUGAAGACGGUGAAGUUCAGCCUGUUGGUCACCGGCAAGAUCAUCGACCAUGUGAACGGGACCUUCGGCGUCUACUUCCGGCACAACUCCUCGGCGCUGGGCAACGUCUCGGUCAGCAUCGUGCCGCCCAGCCGCCUGGUCAGCUUCAGCCUGCUGCCGCCCGCCGCGGCGUCGGCCGCGACCGAGCCCAGCGCCCGGCGCCGCGCCCCCUUCAACUGCCACGUCGAGUACGAGAGGACCAACCGGGCCCGGCACAACCGGCCGUGCCUGUACGACCCCUCGCGGGUGUGCUUCACCGAGCACACGCAGAGCCACGCCGCCUGGCUCUGCGCCAAGCCCUUCAAGGUCAUCUGCGUCUUCCUGGCCUUCUACAGCUUGGACUACAAGCUGGUGCAGAAGGUCUGCCCCGACUAUAACUUCCACCACAAGCUGCCCUACCUGGGCUGAGGGAGGCUCCGCGCGCACCGCAGACGACGCCGAGCGAUCCACCCGCCUCCCUGCUCCCUCCCCCCUUCCCACGACCCCUCCCCUCUCCCUGCUGCGAAGGAAAAGAAUGUCGAAGGGAGGCUCCGCGCGGACGGCAGACGACGUCGAAUGAUCUGCCUGCUGCCCCCCACUCCCCUGCCUUUCCUGCGGUCCCCCCUUCCUCUUUCCCACACUCCGUAACCCCCUUUCCCCCUCACCGCCGCAGAGGACGGGUGUCAGGGGAGGCUCCACACGGACGGCAGACGACGCCGAGCGCUCAGUCUGCUUCCCUGUUCCCUCCCUUUCCCGUGUUCCGUCCUCCCUCCUCUUCCUGCUGUGAAGGGCAAAUGUCGAGGGAGGUUCCGCGCAGACAACAGACGACGUCGAGCAAUCUGCCUGCCUCUCCGCUCCCACCCCCACUUUCCCUCCCUCCCUCCCUCUCCAGGCUGUGAAGGACAAAUGUCGAAGGGAGACUCUGUGUGGAUGGCAGACGAGGUCGAUCCUUUAGUUCUCUCCCUCCUCCACUCCCCGCCGCAGAGGACGGGUGUCAGGGGAGGCUCUGUGCGGACGGCAGACAACAUCGAGUAAUCCUCGUCCCUCUCACUCUCCUCUCUCUCUCCUGCCUCUCUUUGCCACAUUCCCGCCUCUGCCCCCUCCCCCGUC